CGUAGGCGGCUACUUGGGAAAUAAUUUACGGGGUUUAUGCAAACAGGCAGCCCGCUGCGUCGCUUGCCAUUUUUUCACGAUAGAAGGUUGGAGGUUGUCUCGUUUAUCUUCGACUCACAGGCUCGAAUUGUUCCGCCGGACGAUCUCAGUGAUUUUUCCGAAGGAUUUCCUUAAGCAGCUGAAGACAGACGAAUCAUCAUCAUGGCUGGAUCGGACGUAGACAUGGCCGAAUUGGCAGAGUCCUUCAAGGCGUUUGCCAUCCAGGGCGACACCAAGGCCACGGGCAAGGACAUGACCAACAAGAACUGGGCCAAGAUGUGCAAGGACUGCAAGGUCAUCGACGGCAAGAAGGUGACCGGCACGGACGUCGAUAUCGUCUUCUCCAAAGUCAAGGACAAGUCUGCCCGUACGAUCACGUUUGACCAGUGCAAGACGGCCCUGACGGAGCUGUCCGCCAAGAGGUUUCCCAAGGACGACGCCGCGCAGGACAAGACCUUCGCUCUGAUAGCGGGGAAGAAGCCGGGAACCACCGGCGUCACGAAAGCGGUGAAGGCGGGAGGAGUUGACCGUCUGACGGACGCCUCCCAGUACACCGGCUCUCACAAGGAGCGUUUCGACGCGGAGGGCAAGGGCAAGGGGUUAGAGGGGCGCGUAGACAAGGCCGACACCUCGGGUUACGUCGGAGCUUACAAGGGAUCAGGCAGCUACGAUAAAAAGUAAGCAUGCCCAGCAGGCUGCCCAGGCCUGCCGCCUUGUGAGAUUCAUCAGAACUGCAGGUGCAGCCACAAACCGUCCAAUGUUGAGUGUUCGUUUAUUAACAAGCAGUAAUCUGUAAGCUUGAGUUGUAAUAGAAUUUUGCUGUAGCGGUGUUGUUUUUUCGUGAAAUGCUGUGGAGAAUAUAUAUCCAAAAAGUAUCACUAUUGGCUGGAUCCAUGUUGUAUGUGUGUGAAAAUAUGUAGUACAUUCUUCGUCCAUCAUAAUCAGCAUAUAACAAUAAAGCAAAUCAUAACAUCAAAUUGGAUAGUAUUGACUGUAUUAAUGUACUAAGCACAAUUUCGGAAAGAAUUUGGUUUUCACAAUGAUAGAAAUCAUUCCAUUUCAUUCAUUCAGACCGAUAGAUCAAAAUUGAACAAAAUUUUUAACGCCAGUCACUAUCAAAAAUGUAUACGGACUAAUUAUACUUUCAACACGGGAAGAAAAAGGGAAGUUAGAGAGGGUGAAAUAUAGAAGAAAUGCGGAGAGAAAGAGAGGAGGGGAGUGUUGCCUAUGUAAGAUCACAUGCGCACCAGCAUUUUGUCACGAGCUUCCUUUUAUACAUUGAGUUGCUUCUAUGUUGCUGUUAAUAAACGGUGUUUC